UCGUCGGAUCCCAACAUAUUGGUGCAGCUGUCGUUCAUCGGUGUACUGUUUAACGCAAUCACAUAUAGCUGCAUUUUUCUGACUACUAUUUUGCUCCCUUUUGUCGGUAUGCGAUUGCUACUGUCGGGUGCAACGAUUAUGAUAUCUGUUGGCUUUGUUCUAUCAGGCCAGGCGACACAUGUAUGGCAUCUAUACCUAUCUUUUUCUCUCUGUAUUGGAAUUGGCGCUUCGAUAAUAUAUGGGGCCAUUAUUCAUGUAAUACCACAAUGGUUCGUCAAAAACCGAAGUACAGUAUUCGGGCUACAUGCGAGCGCCAUUUCCCUGCCUGGACUGUUCAUUCCUUUUUUGAUAACUUACACCGUUAACAUACUCGGCAUUACUUGGAUGUAUCGGAUUCUGGCUCUGCUAUUUUUUGUAACCAACACGACCGCUGUUUUACUCAUCAAAGAAAGACCUGCUACUUUAGCUCAAAGCAAUAAGAAACAAGGAUUGAACUUGCAUACUGGCAUACUCAAAAAUAAGUCGUUACUGCUGUGGACAUUAAUUGGACCAGUUACUGGUUGGGGAUUUUAUAUCGUAUUUGCCUUUUUACCUACAUAUGCAACACACAUUGGUCUUUCGGGAUACAUCGGAUCCGCGACAGUUACGUUAUUCUCUAGCGGAGGUCUCAUCGGCCGCAUCACAAUUGGCUUUGUAGCUGAUCGAUUAGGAAACCUGAACACGUAUAUACUUGUCACAUCGAUAACAGCUGUUCUGAUUUUCGUCAACUGGAUGCUCGCAUUCAGUAUGCCAGCAUUAUACACAUUCGCAUUUUUGACUGGAUUCUUCUGCGGAGCACCAUUUGUUUUAGGCUCUCCUAUUACGUUGGCUAUUGUAGGAAUGGAAAAUUAUGCAGCAGCAACAAGCUUCAGAAUGCUAGCUUAUGUAUUCAUUAUUAUUGGUCCUGUCGUCGCAACUGCCCUUGAAGGAAUAAGCCAGACACCAUUCCUUGCUUUGAAAGUUUUUUCAGGAAUGGCAUAUAUUCUUUCCAUAGUAAUAGCACUGAUAGUUAGGUUACGGACAUCACAGCUGUUAGUUAAAAAAGUGUAA